AUGUCCCUUUUCCGCAGAACUGCGUCCCGCGCAGCGCAAGCCUCGCCUGCUCGUGCUCACUACGUUCGCGGAUGCCGCCAAGGGAAAUUGACGGUCACUCCAUGCGCUAAACACGCGGCAAGGCGCGGCUUUGCUACCACACCAUCAUCUGCAUCGGCUGCGUACUCAAGAUGGGCUUUCCUUCUUGGUGCUGGCCUUGCAGUUAGCGGCGCAGCGACGUUUUUGUACACGAAACAAGAAACACCGACGAGCCUGGAAGCUGUUCAUGCACCGUCACAGGAGGAUUACCAGAAGGUGUACAAUGAAGUCGCCCGGUUGCUGGCCGAGAUGGACGAGUAUGACGAUGGGAGCUAUGGGCCGGUUGUCCUUCGUCUUUCGUGGCAUGCGAGCGGCACCUACGACAAGAACACUGGAACCGGUGGCAGUAACGGUGCAACGAUGAGGUUCGCGCCAGAGUCCAAUCACGGCGCCAACCUGGGUUUGGUCAAUGCACGCGACUUCUUAGAGCCAGUAAAGAAAAUGUUCCCCUGGAUCAGCUACUCCGACCUCUGGACCCUGGCCGGCGUCACAGCAGUGCAGGAACUCGGCGGACCCACGGUCCCAUGGCGCCCAGGACGACAUGACGCUGAUAGCAAAGCCUGCACGCCGGACGGUCGUCUACCAAACGCCGCAAAAGGCCCUUCGCACCUCCGUGACAUCUUUUACCGGAUGGGCUUUGACGAUCGCGAGAUUGUAGCGCUUAGUGGUGCGCAUGCACUGGGCCGCGCGCAUACCGAUCGAACCGGAUACGAGGGGCCAUGGGACUUUAGUCCGACCGUUUUCACCAACGAGUUUUUCCGGCUACUGGUUGAGGAGGACUGGCUGCAGAGAGAAUGGGAGGGGCCGCUUCAAUAUACAGAUAAGACUACGAAGACGCUCAUGAUGCUGCCGACUGAUAUGGCGCUGGUUGAAGAUGCGGGGUUUAGGCCGCAUGUUGAGCGAUAUGCGAAGGAUAGUGAUGUCUUUUUUCAGGAAUUUGCAGACGCCUAUGUGAAGCUACUGGAGCUGGGCGUCCCCUUCAAGGGGGAUGGGAGUGAGCGCUGGGUGUUUGAGAGAUCGGACUAG